CUCUUUCGGUCAGCAGUUGCUUGUUGACUCCGGGCAGCAACCAUGGCUGUCGGCAAGAACAAGCGUAUCAGCAAGGGGAAGAAGGGAGGCAAGAAGAAGGCCUCGGACCCCUUCGCCAAGAAGGACUGGUAUGACAUCAAGGCGCCGACCAUGUUCAACGUCCGCAACGUGGGCAAGACCCUCGUGACCAGGACGCAGGGCACCAAGAUUGCCUCGGAGGCGCUGAAGGGCCGUGUGUUCGAGGUCUCCCUGGCCGACCUGCAGAAGAACGAGGACGAUGCCUUCCGCAAGAUGCGCCUGCGCGUUGAGGACGUGCAGGGCCGCAACUGCCUCACCAACUUCUGGGGCAUGGACUUCACCACGGACAAGAUCCGCUCGCUGGUCCGCAAGUGGCAGACCCUGAUUGAGGCCCACGUGGACGUCAAGACCACCGACGGCUACACUCUGCGCGUCUUCUGCAUCUCGUUCACGAAGAAGCGCCAGGGCCAGAUCAAGCGCACCUGCUACGCCCAGAGCGCGCAGAUCCGCCAAAUCCGCAAGAAGAUGAUGGAGAUCAUCACCCGCGAGGCGACCAGCUGCGACCUGAAGGACCUCGUGGCCAAGCUGAUCCCGGAGGCCAUCGGCAAGGACAUUGAGAAGUCGUGCCAGGGCAUCUACCCCCUGCAGAACACCUUCAUCCGCAAGGUGAAGGUGCUCAAGGCGCCCAAGUUCGACAUCACCAAGCUGAUGGAGGUGCACGGCGACUACUCGGAGGAGGUGGGCGCCAAGAUUGAGCGCCCCGCUGCCCCCGCCGCCGAGGAGGCCCCCGCCGCGUAAGGUGGCCCGGGCGACGUGCGGGUGCUGCUAGCGCUGCGUGUGCUCUCGCCUCUGGGGCCGAGGGAGGAGCACUGUGGCGGCAGCAGCCCUGCUGUAGCGGCGCGAGUGGAGUGCUGUGUAACGGGACUUCAAAGAAUGACCAUUUUCGAGCGCAGCGCGUCGAGCACUCCAGCAUUGCAUGAAAGCAAAAUGAUCAGGAUGC